CAGAAACAAAACUUGGCUAACAGUUUCACACACUGUCAUGAUGGAAAGAUCCACAGCAGUAAUAUUUGUCUUUCUGGUUUUAUGCAUCUGCAGGACAUUAGGACAGACAUGUGAAGGAAACUGUGGAGUAAAAUUUGACUUAUGUUCAUGCCACUCGACAUGCACGUCUCUGGAGUACUGCUGUACAGACUAUAAAGAAUACUGUGUGGAAGUCUUUCCAUAUUCCGGGUCCAUUUUGGGUGGGACGGAUUUUAUUGUCCUUGAAGCGAGUUUCAAUAAGAGUUCUGAGAUCAUAUGCAGGUUCAACCACAAUAUCAAUACUGUGGGGUAUGUGGAUGAAAACAGUAGAGGCCAUUGUAUCUCCCCACUAUUGUAUGAAACAGGAUGGGUUCCCCUGCACAUCUCCUCAGAUAAUGGCACUACAUUCAGUAGAGUUGGAGCCUGGUUGUCAGUACAUACUGGCAAGUUAGAUGCUCAGUUUAAGGCGACUAUGGUCAACUCAACAAAAUGGCAGUACUAUGGUACACCAGAUGUUGGAGGCACUCUUGAGAUGACAUGGAAUACCUCUUUGGUUAGCGUGGAGAGGGUCAACAUAGAGCUCUGGGGAUACAGCGAGACAGGAAAACCCUAUUCAGACAAUUGGCAGGGUGAGUGGGAAUAUCUGUACUCACUUGCAAAGGAUCAGCCCAACAGUGGUUCCUUUAGUUUUUUGCCCAAACCAGCAGAGAACGGCUUUUCGAGUUGGGAGCUUGGCUCUCUACGCAUCAGCCCCAGCACCUACCCUGAUGGCAUGUGGAAUGUACAAGCCGCAUGGACUGAGGAUCACGCCCUGGCCUGGCAUCUGGAGGAGAAGUUCAGGCAAAAUUCAACAGUUUGGGCCCUGGAGAAAUGUUUAGCAUGGGACCAGCUGGAAAAUCAGCUGCCCAACUUCCUCAGUGAGAUCAUAGACUGCCCCUGCACUCUGGCUCAAGCAAGAGCAGACACAGGGAGGUUUCAUACUGACUAUGGCUGUGAUGUAGAGAAGGGCAGCGUGUGCACCUACCACCCUGGAAGUGUUCACUGUGUGAGGGCUAUACAAGCCAGUCCAAGGUAUGCAGCAGGACAACAGUGUUGCUAUGACAGCACUGGUGCUCAGGUGCUGACAGCAGACUCAAUUGGGGGAAGUACUCCAGACCGAGCACACGACUGGGGCUCCCCUCCAUACAAGAAACCCCCUCGAGUUCCCGGACAGUCCCACUGGGUCUACGACGUCCUCAGUUUCUACUACUGCUGCCUGUGGUCUGACAACUGCCACUACUACUUCAAACACCGGCCCUCCAGUGACUGCAGGCGUUACCAGUCACCCAGCUCAGCUGUGGUGUUUGGAGAUCCCCACUUCAUAACAUUUGAUGGUGUCAGCUACUCCUUCAAUGGCAAAGGGGAAUAUACCUUGGUGACCUCGGCAAAGAAACGUCUGACAAUCCAGGGCAGAACAGAGCCAGUGAACAGAACCACGAUAAAAGCAACAAAGUUGACGGCUGUAGCCAUGAAAGAAACCCCCUCUGAUGUUAUUGAGGUGCGGCUGGUCAGCAGUCACAACGGCCUUGAAGUACUGCAGAAUCAAAAAACCCUCUCCUUUUCUGAGCAGAGCUGGAUGGACCUACAUGGUGUGUUUGUGUUUUCCCCUGCCUCUACAAAUGUGACCGUGAUGUUCCCCAGUGGAGCCGGGGUGGAAGUGCGACUGAGAGAGGGAACUAUGACAACCACCGUGCUCCUGCCAGAGGAGUUCAAAGACUCCACUCUCGGACUGUUGGGAAAGAUGAACGGUGACGCCAAAGACGACCUCACCCUCAGCAACGGCCAACUUGUGCUGAACCUCACCAAUCCAGAGGAGGUGUUCAGCUUUGGGGCAAGCUGGGCCAUCUCCAACAACUCUGCCUUGUUCACAUAUGAUUCAAACUAUCUUUUGGACACAUAUUACUAUGUUCCCAGACAUGACCAUACUUUUGUUCCAGUGUUUUCUGUCCCCGAAAGUCCAGAUGAUCCAUUAGCCAAUCAAGCAUCCGAGAUAUGCUCUGGAGAGGGUUCUCAGUUUUGUAGGUAUGAUAUCCUGGUAGGUCGUAGUCCAAGCAUGGGAAAUGCUACCAAAGUGUCUUUCCAGAGUCACAUUUCUCUUGUGGAGGAUCUAAAGCGAGUGAUAUCCUGUGGAUGGCUUUCACCACCAAAAAACGGGAAGAAGGAGGGGACCACAUAUGUACAAGGAGCUAAGGUGCAGCUUUCCUGCGAUGACGGCUACACACUCAAAGGAUCAGCAGAGCGCAUAUGCCAGGAGAAUGGCCAGUGGACUGGAGAUGACUCAAACUGCGUGGUUACCAGUAAUGUUGCAGGAAUAGUGGCCGGUUCAAUCAUUGGAGCUGUAGCACUGAUUGUGAUUAUAACAACAAUCAUACUCCACUCCAGGAAACAGAAAAGAAAAGAUGCACAUUCAGAAGAAGCUGUGACAAGUGAGGCCCUCUAACCACAACUUUUCAUCUACUGAAAAAUGAAAAACUUAAAAAUGAAUGCAUGCAUCAAUACGUGCUUACGAAAGAUAAAGACACGCAUAAUAUAAAAGAAACAUCUUACUUUGGUCAUAAACCUUUUAAACCACAGCCAUGAUCCAGACUAACAUGUAUUAUAAGGUUGAGCAAAGGUCACAGUUAAAGAGUAACUACACACUCCAUCUUUUACACACUACAUCUUCCAUGGCAGAAAAGUAUUGUUGCACUGACUUCUAUACGAGGAAAUUUUAACCUGUGUUGCACUUUUGACCGCACCCACCAUAACCACAAAACAUCCUGGGCUAAAAACUACAGGUUUAGGUUUAUUGAAAAAGUGAAAACACUUUGUUAUGGAAGGCUUGUGGGUUCAUCUACUUCACAGUCAGUCAUUAAGUUGGAUGAUGUCAAAUGUAGCUAUGUAAAAAUGAUCACUCAAUAACUUACCGUAAGUCAUAUUUUAAGCUAACAAUAAUUGAUAAAACAAUGUCAAAAGUGAAACAUUAAUGAUCCAACCUGCAACUGUCUGAACACUCCAUUAAUGUUAAUGUCAUACAUCAUCAAGUGUUUGGGCUACAGAAGAUCUUUGGUCAGCACUUCAGAUCAGCUGUAUACAGACUAUCUCACUGAUGUGUACUUAUUGUUUGUGUACUGUCAUCAAAUGCUGAUGAAUAUUGUUAUACAGUUUACUAUUUUCAAAUUUGGUGGACAAUAAAGUUUUUCUAAUACAG